UUUUGAGAAGGAUAGAAUCAAUCUCCUCUCGGCGCAUACGCACGCAAUGUGCUCGGGUGGGACGGCAUUCGUAGUAGAUAUCGACAAUAUAAGUGGAAGUAAUUGGGCAGCAAAUGGAUAAUUCCUGCACAGUCGUUGGGCCGUACAUACGGUGCUUCCUUGCCCGUAAGGGCCAGACGCUCCAGGGCUUAUGGCCUGGGGACCCGGGCAGCCUCGAGAGCUACAUGGAUCCACAACUUGAGGACGACGCGGCUAUAAUCAAAAGGACGUUCGAGAACAUGACAGCGCUCACACCACCAUCGAGAAUGCCCGUACUGCCGGACCAUGCGAGCGGUAGCUACAGAAGCAGCCCUCCCGGCAGGGUUUCGCCUUCCGGUUCCUCCCCCAGUGGGAAAGGAUCUUUCCCCGAGCCCCACCUUCCUCUGUUACCACCGGCAGGACCUCUCAGUAGCGAACAGGAGUUAGCACGACGGGACCGCUCCCUGUCAACUCGUUCCAUGUCACCAGAAAGACCGUCACCAGGCCCCCCCGGACUCCAGGGGCAGUCAUCUCCCUUGACCUACAGGCAGCGGAGCCCACCUCAAGGGUCGACAUCAUCGAGACAAGCGCCCAUGGCCACGCCACGAACACCAUUGCCAGCCGUGUCGCUAGUCGAGUCGUGGGGUCGCGACUUUGACUCCACGAAUUUCCUUGUUCGAGUUGAGGGAUCCGGCGAGUCCUUCCACCGGCUCGGGGAAGAAUUCAAGAGAGGGACAGUACAAGACCGGAGCGGGCGAGAUGUUCCUUGCUACUUCACCAGCCACAAUAAGUCGAGCAUCUACGUCCUAUCACUUGACCCGAGAACGAUUCAGAGGACGAGGGACGCCGCAAAAGUCUCGCUGCCGAAGUGGGUGAAGAAGUGAAACGGAAGCACGGCUUGCGAAUAAUGCUUGCGACCGGAUACAUUGAGCUGGCUCGGUGUUUGUUUCCCCUCCCCGCUCUCUUUCCCAUGUUCCCCCUUUCCCUACUCUAUCAAGUUUUCUUUGGUCAAUGUUUUUGGGAUAUCGGAUAUCGUUUCCUUACUGUCUUUUGAGCAACGAGAAUCUUCUGGGUUUCAUCGUUGUGUCCACUCUCUUGGUCUGUGCGUUCUGCAGUUCGUUUUCUGCUUUUUGAUAUGGGAUUCUUUUUCAGUCGGUUCUGAUUUAGUUUGGGCGGUAAUAUUA